GUCCACCCACUAUCUGCACACCUCGCCGCUAAGCCCAGGAACUAUCCUCCGUGUGUGCGUGCAAAAACAACCACGUUCUUUUGCCCGGCGACACGGCCAUUGUCGCACCGCCUCGCACACGUUUUGCCCAGAGCCUCGCAAGGACACGAAUCUCGGACUGCCUGUGCCCUGGACCCGAUCAUCUCCUUCUCAGCCUCCCCACCGGAUCCCAUCUCACCCCUUCACUCCUUCACGCGGACAAGACGGUGGCGAGACAGCGGCCAGACGGCGUGGGAAUCGCGAAUUUCAUCGAUUUCAUCUGCACAAUCCUUAUCAGAUCUUUCCGAUCAGAUAGACUCCGCACCUGUGUUCCUGGACGAACUCGCGUCUCUUGGGCAGGAUAAACGGCGGUGACCCAUGCGCCGAUAACACACAGCUCAGCCCCGAUAUCAUCUCGAACUAGCCCCAAUAAACUGAGCCCUGACAACAUAGGAGGUACUCAGCCCCUUGAACUGGACAAGGCGCGCAACAUGAUGGCCAGCACAAGCGCUGCGACGACCAAUAACAAGCCUUUUUCUCCGCGGAUGGCAAAUCUCCUGCAUCGCGAACCGUCUCCGCAAGAACUGGAAGCUGCGCGACAGCUUGUCGAACAUUCACUGUCGUCGACUGCAUCUCAACCGCAACCGCAUGUGCCGGAACUGCAUAAAUCGCCCACUCAGCAUCAGUAUCAACAUCAGCACCAACACCAGCACUCUACUCCUUCUGUCUCACAUGGAUAUCGUGAUGCGACCGAGUAUCCGAACGCACACGCGCAGAUUGUGCAAGGCUCGUCGACUGCGCCCUUGACAAGCGCCCCAAUCAUGCAACCCUCGCGGACUUCACCUUCUGCCAUGAAUGGUAUGACUACUCCCGGGGCGCAGAUGUGCAGCAAUUGCGGGACAACGAAAACGCCUCUAUGGAGAAGAUCGCCAGCUGGAGCGGUCAUAUGCAACGCUUGUGGUCUAUACUACAAGGCACGAAAUCAGAUGCGACCUGUGGGACUCAAACGCGGCGCGAACUCGAACCAAGCCGCGGGAGGUCCGAAUAGCGAGCGAGGAACCUCGCCAUCAUCCGUUCAAGGUGGCGCGACAUAUGUGCCAGCCGACCAAAGCGUGCAGGGGACGUGUCCUGGAGGAGGCCGCUGUAACGGUACUGGUGGUCAAGAUGCAUGUGCCGGAUGUCCAGCGUACAAUAAUCGGGUGUCGAAGACCACCCAGGUCCCGUACCGACAGUCUAGUUCGGAGCGCGGUGAUUCAUCCUCGGCACAGUCUGGUUCUCGGCACAUGCAUACUGUAGUGCAGAAUUACGUGUCGCCUUCACAGCAAUCUCAGCAGCAAAACAGUGUAGUGGUCGCAUGCCAAAACUGCGGUACGACAAUCACCCCACUCUGGAGACGAGACGAGAACGGACAUACGAUAUGCAACGCUUGUGGACUAUAUCACAAACUUCACGGCGCGCAUCGACCAGUGCAAAUGAAAAAAGCAGAGAUUAAGCGGCGGAAACGAGUCGUACCUGCGGCGAUGGGUAAUCAACACCACCCAGGCAGUCCCUUUCCAAGCGAUAACAUGAGCGACACAUCUGGUCAUUCGGAUCGAGGCGGCCUCAACACCCCUCUCCAACAGCCCGAGAGCAGCCCAUUCAUACAUACCACAUCACAUGUCUCGGGACCGAUACCUGUCGAUUUCACCGAUGCUUUCCGACAUCGCGACGAUAUCGGAGAGAGCAGGAAGCGCACGUACUCGGCCACUCACCAGGAUUCCGAGCCGUACUUGCCACCACCGCGGACAGCGUCUUUGCAUGAGAAUAUUGACCCUGCGUUGCCGCAUCGGACAACGAGUGUGGCUCAGUCGAGGGUCGAUCGUCGUGCAGAGUUGCGGAGAGAAGCAGAGAAGAUGAGGGCCUUGUUAGAAGCAAAGGAACGGGAAUUGGCAGAGUUGAGUGAUGAAGAAGAAGGGGGUUGA